GCAGAUACAGAUGAAAUGGUAUAAAAGGGCUCCCUGAGCUGAGAUCUUCCAACAGCUUCCUUUGGCUUCAACUCCUUCACUUCAUUUCUACUCCCUCUGAGACUUUGACUCACCUCCAUCCAACAAUGGUUGACUGUGGUCCAUCCUGUGCUGUCCCAUCCUGGGCUUCCACCCCCACUGUUGGGUUUGGCUCAGCAGGAAGUCUUGGCUAUGGUGGUCUUGGCUGCGGUUUUGGAGGACUCGGCUCUGGAUUUGGAGGUCUCGGCUCCGGUUUUGGAGGACUCGGCUCUGGAUUUGGAGGACUCGGCUCUGGAUUUGGAGGUCUCGGCUCCGGUUUUGGAGGACUCGGCUCUGGAUUUGGAGGUGCUGAAAGAGCAGCCAACCUUGGCAUCCUAGAUGGGAUUAUCCCUAAACCCAUCAACCAGAUCCCACCAGCAGAGGUCGUGAUCCAGCCACCUGCCUCUGUCCUGACCAUCCCAGGGCCCAUCCUCUCUGCCAGCUGUGAGCCUGUGGCUGUUGGAGGCAACACUCCAUGUGCCGUUGGUGGUUCUGGGCUGGUAGGAGGCUAUGGCUAUGGGUCAGGUCUCCUUGGAAGCAAUUUCGGUGGCUACCUUGGAGGUUCCAAUUUUGGUCUGAGGAGGGGUGGGCUCUUUGGAAGGAAAUCCCUGCUGGGACGUCGUGGCAGUGUAUGUGUUUAG